AUGGAUGGGAAAGCCUUUACAAUUGUGGAAGGCGAAUCAUCUGCCUUGAAGAAGCAUUGCAGUCAAGCCUUUCUGGCACUCGAGAUCGAGGCCACAGAAGUCUUGGCCAGUGGCGAGAAGUUCAUGGACGACAACCAAGACCUGGUUUUUACAACCGCGUCGGAGGAUGCCGCGGUGGCAGGCUCACUACGACAAGAGACAAAGGACAAAAGGCCAGCCGAAGCAGCAACUGUGCUAGGCAGAGCUGCCUCCAGCAGCGGAGUGGAUCCGUUGCAAGCUCUGGGUGUGCAAGAGCUGCUAAAGCAGCUAGGGGCCCGAAGCAGAAGAAAGAGGAGAGAGUCAAGUUCUUCGACGUCAAGCAGUGCAAGUUCCGAGAGCAGCUCGGGCAGCGUUCACAAGCCAAAGAAGUCUUCAGGAGUGGCAAAAGCCAUGGGGGACUACAGGCAGAUGAAGAAGGACAUGAAGAGACAUCCGAUGAAGCACGUGCGCAGAUACGUGCGGCAAGUCGAAGAAGACCUAGGUGUAACAGGCGAGCUCCCGUACCGUUUGACAGACCACGGCAAGAGGAUACCGUGGGGAAAGCAGAAAGGAUUGCAAAGAGUAUACUUUCUGCUCGGGGCCAUUCUGGAGCAGCAGCUGAAAGGCAAUGCGGAGCAAGCAGCCCUUCUGACAACACAGUCGCUGCGCGCAGUCCACCAGACCGCCUUGGAUGGCGGCAACUGGAACGUUGCCUGGAUGUUGACGGGUCUCCAAGACCCCUUCGUCAAACGCAAGUUCGGGGGCGAAGAGGAGUCCCUGGAGACAAUCGCAGCCUACAUGCGAGCGACCCAGGAGCUCGAACGCCGUGCCAAGACGUGGAGCCUCAGCCAAGACAGCGGUGCCGCGCCAGAGAGCGAGGAACCCGAGCAAAGAGGCACCGGGAAAGGUGGACUCCUGGAGCAGACGCUCUUGAGUUACCACGGUGGGGCAGCCUUUCUAGAAAAACGAAGUGGCGACAACGCCAACGGGGACGAGGUGGUCAAAGCUUGCCACAAGGUUCGCGCCUGUGACGUGGUGCCUGUGUACAACAAACUGCUCCAGUCAGGUGUUGCCGUUCUCCUUCCAGAAGAGCAGGCCUUGUACGACUCAACCGGCUGGUGUGGGCCAGACUUCCCCAUGGCACGAGAUGACUUAAAAAAAUAUUUCUAUCUUCUGAAGCAUAUCCCAGAAUGGCGCUACGUGUUGGCCUUUAAAGUUGUAUGUAUGGGUGAUCUCAACGGGGUUGACAUUUGCCAGCAGACCCAUGUUGAGUUGUUACGGGAUUGUGGCGCUAUGCGCCCUGAGCACGUGCUUGAGUACCAGUCACCGCUACCCCUUGAGCCCACGUUAGAGGGGCUGUACAUCGACGAUCAUGUGGUAGUGCAAAUCACCCCAAAGAAGAAACAUCGACGCAAGGACCCUGACCCGAAAUGGAACCUAGAUGAGACUCUCAUUGGAUUGAGUAGACGGCAGUAUCAGCGAUUAGGCGUGCCGGUCUCUUUGGAGAAGAGGUUUACGAAGCAAUCGAAGUUCACAGCGUGGGGCACUGAAGUUUGCAGUGCCUCCGGUCGUGUUGGAGCACCGCAGCACAAACUUCGCCAGCUCUGUCAACUAGUUUGUCGGUUGCUUAGGCUAGGAAGGGCUAGCAAGAAGUGCCUGCAACAAGUCGUCGGUCUGUUUGUUCACCCUUUCACUCACAGACGGCUGUGCAUGUCGAUAUUUUCAGAAAUUUAUUCCCUUAUUGAAAGCUGGCCUUCGAAAGGAGAGCACAAAAUCCCCAAGGUGCUGGCCGAAGAACUGCUCGGUGCCUGUCUCGUUCUGCCGCUCGCUGCGACAAACGUUCGCUGGCCUGUAAGCCGCCGCCUUAGUUCAACAGACGCCAGUCUUACUGGUGCCGGGCGGUGUGCUACACGCACCACCUCCUCUCUGAGCCGGGUUUUGCACCGCGCUGCUGAGCACAAAGGAGAGCGAGUUCGUUUGGACUGGGCUACCGUAGGCAUUGCACCUCUCACAGACAUGAAGCUUCCUAGCCGUCAUAUCGAGCGCUUGGCGGGCCUGCACAGGUGGUCAGUCACGGAGUCGAAGCCUUUUCGCAAGCGCCAGCAUAUCAACAUCUUGGAGCUAGAAGUCAUACAUAGGGAGUACUCCGAUCUUGUGUCACAAGUCAAAGGCGGGCUACGCUGUGUCAACCUUACUGAUUCAAGGGUAGUGCUUGGUGCGGUAGCAAAGGGUAGAAGUUCGAGUCGUAACCUAAACCGCGUUCUGCGAAGAUGCUUGGCCUUGAGUCUCGCCGGGCAAAAGAUUCUUUACAACGUCUGGGUAUCGACUCAUGCUAACCCUUCCGAUUUCCCAUCACGUUUCAAGCAAAUUCCACCUCCCGAAUCUCCCUUGCCGGACGAAUUGGCCUUGCUGGGUGCCGAGUGGUUCAAGUCUCAAGAGCCCUUGACCAAGCAGCAGCUGUGGGCCUUUUGUAGUCAAGAAGUGUCUUCUUCGAGUUGGUGGCACUUCAAGUUGGCUCGCUUGAGUCAUGCUUACCGUUCUCGCCUGCUCGCCUCGGGCGCCGUUCUGUUUCGGUACUUGCGUGCACAGCACGUGGUGGAUGUGCAGCAGUUCAUGCGCAGUGCCCGUCGUGCGGAUGCCCUGCUCCAGGCUUUUGUGCAGCGCACUUGCGAUACUCCUACUUCUCGAGCAGUUCGUUUGGCCAAGCAUGCUGUUCUCUUCUGCCAGGUCCUCUGGCCACGCUUGCGGCACCGUUUGCCGGAGACUUGGGCCUUGCUGCGCGCGUUAGAAGAGUUGCAGCCUAAGAAGGUUCGUGUUCCGCUUCCCUUCCCGCUGCUGCUGUGCAUGGUCGUCGCCGCUCGCAUCCAUGGCUGCCGCGUGCGCGGGCGUUCGGCGCGUGAGUGGUUCGUGUUCGCCUGCUUGCUUGAAGUCGGGUUCUUUGCCAUGCUCCGCCCUGGGGAGUUGUUGGCGUUACGCGCUCGAGAUGUUGGCACUCUCAACAGCUUGUCGUUGGGGUUUGCGCACUGCACGCUGCGGGUCGCCAAACCUAAGAAUAGGCGCAGCGUAGGCCCUGAGCAGUUUGUGCAACUUACACAUCCUUGUGUCUGCAUGUGGUUGACGCACUUUGUCAACACGUUGGCCCCAGAUCAGUUCUUGUGGCCGUCGUCGACGUCUGCUUUUCGGAAGCGGUUUCAAAUC